CGAAGAAUCCCGCCAUCUUGUAGCUGGAGCGGCCGAGGAGCAGCGGAUAUGGCAGACUACAGCAGCGUGGCUCCCCCGUCCUCUAACAGCGGAGGAGGGAUGAACGACGCUUUCAAAGACGCUCUGCAGCGAGCUCGUCAGAUCGCAGCGAAGAUCGGCGGCGACGGCGUUGCGGGACCCCCGUCGAACGAGUUCGCCUACGGAGGCCAGAAAAGGCCCCUGGAGGACGCUGGUGGGUAUUUUCCCAUGCCUAACCUGAAUAUCGACCAACCAGAGACCAAGAAAGUGGCCACAAAUGAUGCCUUUUCUGCCAUCGGAGGAAUGAGUGGUCCCCCCAGGUCAACUUCCGAAGAAUUCAAGGUUCCAGAUGGGAUGGUCGGAUUCAUUAUUGGCAGAGGAGGAGAGCAGAUAUCACGUCUUCAGCAGGAGUCUGGAUGUAAAAUACAGAUUGCACCUGACAGUGGAGGGAUGCCGGAGAGGUCGGUGACACUAACAGGACCACCAGAAUCAAUCCAGACCGCAAAGCGGCUACUAACAGAGAUCGUGGAGAAAGGUCGACCUGCACCGGCCUUUCACCACAACGACGGCCCGGGGAUGACCGUUCAGGAGAUCAUGGUCCCUGCCACCAAAGCUGGCCUCGUCAUCGGGAAGGGAGGGGAGACCAUAAAAAGCCUUCAGGAGCGAGCUGGAGUGAAGAUGGUCAUGAUUCAAGACGGACCCCAGAACACAGGCGCCGACAAGCCGCUGCGCAUUUCAGGGGAGCCUUUCAAAGUCCAGCAAGCCAAAGAGAUGGUGAUGGAGCUGAUCAGAGAGCAGGGCUUCAGGGAGCAGAGGGGAGAGUACGGCUCCCGUGUCGGGGGAGACAGCCUAGACGUUCCCGUCCCGCGGUUUGCAGUCGGAAUCGUUAUCGGUAGAAACGGGGAAAUGAUUAAGAAGAUCCAGAACGACACGGGCGUCCGGAUCCAGUUCAAACCCGACGACGGCAGCACGCCGGAGAGGAUAGCCCAGAUCAUGGGCCCGCCCGACCAGGCGCAGCACGCGGCGGAGAUCAUCUCCGACCUGCUGCGGAGCGUCCAGGCCGGGGGCCCCCCGGGGCACGGCGGGGGCCGGGGGCGGGGCCGCGGCCAGGGCAACUGGAACAUGGGGCCUCCCGGCGGCCUGCAGGAGUUCACCUUCACCGUCCCCACCGUGAAGACCGGCCUGAUCAUUGGGAAAGGCGGCGAGACAAUCAAAGGCAUCAGCCAGCAGUCCGGAGCCCGGAUCGAGCUCCAGAGGAACCCUCCGCCCAACGCCGACCCCAACAUCAAGAUGUUCACCGUCAGAGGCUCGCCCCAGCAGAUCGACUACGCCCGGCAGCUGGUGGAGGAGAAGAUCGGGGGUCCAGUCACCCCCAUGGGCGGUCCGCACGGCCCCCCUGGCCCACACGGAGGACCCGGCCCACAUGGUCCUCCAGGACCUCCUGGACCGCCCGGUGCUCCCAUGGGUCCCUACAAUCCUGGACCGUACAACCAGGGACCACCUGGACCACACGGUCCUCCUGCUCCCUAUCAGCCUCAAGGAUGGGGCAACGGUUACCCACACUGGCAGCAGGGACAGCCGGAUCCAAAUAAAGCCGCCGCCGACGCCAACGCCGCAGCGUGGGCGGCGUACUACGCCCAGUACAGCCAGCAGCCGCAGGCCCCCAUGACCCCGACCAGCGGGGCGCCCGGCACCACUCAGACCAACGGCCAAGGUGACCCACAGGCUGCAGGUCAGAGUGGACAGGCAGAUUACACCAAGGCCUGGGAGGAAUAUUACAAGAAAAUGGGUCAGCAGAGUCAGCAGCCUCAGGACUACACGAAAGCCUGGGAGGAGUAUUACAAGAAACAAGGUCAAGCCGCCCCCCAGGCCACGGCGGCGGCGGCCGCCUCUCAGCCCGGCGGCCAGCCGGACUACAGCGCCGCCUGGGCGGAGUACUACCGGCAGCAGGCGGCGUACUAUGGCACGGCCAACCCCCAGACGAUGGGCGCCGCGCCACAAGCCCCUCAGGUACACCCCCGCCGAGAAUCCGCCCGCCACAUUCACACACCCAGUCCAUGUUCACCGUGACGCUUCCCCCCGCAGGCUCCCACAGGGCGCCGGUGACCCGCGACAGCAGCUCUAACCAAACACUUCCUCCCACAGGGUUUUUUUUUUUUUAAUGGGAAGCCGCGUCCAGUUUCUGCUGUUAACAUGCACUGUAUCUUCUAUGUAUUUCCUCUGCACAGGGCCAGUAAUGUGAAGUGGACAUAAAGUAAAUGCUACAUUGUCGAAACAAAAUCCUUUGUUAAAUGUUUGGAUGCAGACGCCUUGAUGAAGAUCUUAAAUUUCCUUGGUUUGAAAGUGUUUCACACAGAUGGCAGAUUUCCCGGCGAACACGUCCUCUUUGGUUUUUCUUUUCUUUUCUUUUUUUUCUUUCUUUGUUUUCCUUGUAAAUGCUUUGUUUUUAGUGAGGUAAUCCUACAUAUGGUCAUUCCAGCCCCUGUAUCUACAUUAAAUGUGGUUUAGAACUCAUGUUUAUUAUUAAACUGUAGACAUUUCCAUGUAAAUCAUCUCAGUUUUAAAAAAAAAAUGCUAUUUGCCUGUUGUGUUUUUGCAAUAAAACAAACUGAAACCUCCUGUGUGGGUAAGUUCCGGUGCUCCUGAAGCCGAAUGAGUCCCUGUACGGUUGUGUUGCGCUGACAUGUGGGGAGGGGAGGGGGGGGUUUUGAUUGUCCAAAGAAAAGUACGAUCAGCUGACUCCAGGUUGUGCUGUCCUGUCUCUCUCCAACUGUCUCUAAAUGCUCGUAGAAACGUAACGCUCAUGCAGUGAUCCAGCAGCCGUCCCUGUUGAUAGACUUGUUCUCACUUUAUUUUGAUUUUGAUUUAGCUGUAGAAGAGAAAAUGUUUGUGAUGGGGAAGUGUGUUGUGUCCGGUAUCUUCUCAUGCAUUAACUGCGUUGCUGGUUGUGUGCUGACAUUUGUGGAGGUAGUAUUAUUGCACUGUAUUUUGCCUUGAUAGCCAUCAUUUCCUCCUCCUCCUCCUCCACAGGCGAGUUUAGACAAAACUUAACAAAAAAACAAACAAAAGCAGCGGUAAGCAAGUACUGUUCUUCACAUGUUCCUCAGAAAAUCUAAGAACUGUUGCAUAUUUUUUUAGUGUUAUCACGUCGAUUUCUUUGCUGUUCUUUUUCCCAGGGCAGUCAGGUAAAAAAAAACAACACAAACCCAAUAAUUGACACUGUAUGGAAAUACAUGCAUUGAAACGUUUGUCAUGCCCAAUUGUGAACUAACUCACGUGUCUAAAACGUAUUUUCUAAAGAUGUUUUUUUAAUAUAAAAACAUUGCCAGAAGUCGUCACGUUGCUGUUGCUGUUGUUGCUGUGCCCGCUCUGUUAGUGUUGAUCCAGUUUGAGGAGGUAGAUGUAGGGUCGGGGGUGGCUAAGCAGUCUCCAUCCAUCAGUUGAGCCCUCCUAAGAUGUAAGUACUGACCUCUGAGAAAUCCUCUCCUCCUUUUUUUUUUUGUGAUGCUUCAUGAACUGCAAAAGUAGUGAUUCUUUUUGUCAAAUAUUGCCGUUUCCCCCCCAUGUUGUGGGUAAGUAUGAAUUGUUCCAGGACAGGCAUAGUACUUGAUGAGAUUCUGAUGAUUCUUGCACCACAUGUUUCUGAGACGUAAUCUUAUGUGACUGCAUAACAUCCAGAGUUGAUUUUUAAAUUUUUUUUUUUUUUGUUUGUGUGUGCGUGUGUGUGUGCGUGUGUGUGUGUGUAGGUAGCAUUUCCAAACUGAGGGUCUUGAAUGUCAGCGCUCGUGUUUAAGCUGGCUGGUAGGAACUGUAAGAUGUGGGGUUAUCUUUGCGUUGUGAUCUCUCUGACCUGCCAAGUGCCAUUGUGUAGUCAAUGUUCUGUUCUCUCCUACAUGAAAAUGCCAUUUAAUUGCAGCCCAUGAGCAAGUUCUUCCAGCGUAGCAUGCUUAGGUUUCUGCUGAUCAUCUCUCCAAUGUCCUACAUGAGCAUGAUGUUGAAUGCGAUUAGUGGAAGUGCAAGCUCAGUAUUGAUUAUUCUCUUCUGAAUGAGCACUGUCUGUGAAAAGGCUGUUGACAUUGAGAUCUAAAGACACAAAUUACUAUAUUUCUUUUGCAUUGUUCACUGAUGGCAAACAGUGCGAUUAUAUCUGAUCUUUGCAGUGUCGUCCCUGACCUUGCACCUUAGGUUCUGCUGCAAUAACACAGGUAAGCGCAACCUAAGGAAACCAGUGCAUUUCUCUCUAUUGUCCAGUGACAUGACCAGUAACCGUGCAAACAAAUGCUUACCUGUGUUGUUAGAAAUGAUAUUCAUGAAUGAACAGCCAUAAUUUUUUUGUGCCCCCCCCCAUCCUAUAAUAAGAUCUGCUUUCUUGAAUGAACUGCAUGACAUGAGCUGUAUUUCCAAACUUCACUAAGAGAAGGUUUAUUUUAACAAAAGGAGGAAAUGUUGUCAUUGUGGUAUGUGCAUUAUAUUAUAUUUUAUAAUAAGUAGCUUGAUCUUUGCACUCCGGUAAGUUUUGACAGCGACUGUAUCGAUGCUGUAGAUUGGUUUGAAAGU